CUGGCCCGGCGGCCAGGAGAGCUUCUUGUUGACCCAGUCUUCAGGGAUAGGCGGCCAGUUACUGGCGCAUCAGUUCUUCCAUUCGGCCUGUUUUGGCGCGUAGUUCUUGACCGUGUUCUUGGGCGCCGUCCCCUCCAAGUCGAGCAAAUAGAAGUCCAUGGCCGCCCGCACGCGAGUAUCUUCAAUAGCGAUAGAAUCCAUACUAAAUAGAUGACAAGAUACGGGGUCAGCUGGGCCCGGGAGGGUCGUGGUUGUGGCGCAAUUGCAGUACAAUUAAGGUGGACGACGGAGGUGGUGAUCGACGCGAUUUUGGUGGGAUUAUUUGCGGCCAUUUUUGGAAGGGCGGCGCAUACAAAGGCAAGUCAGCUGACCUUCGGUUUUGUCACUUUUUUCUGGUGGCCUGGGCGUUUGUAUGGGGUUUUUCGCGCAAAGGCGAAGGUCCUGUGGAGAGCCGUGACCUUCGAUUUUGGGGCCAGUUUGGCGCCAAAAUGCGCGGACCCACAGGGUCUUUGAGCGACCGAAAAACCGGUCUACGAUACCCCUGCACCUGUUACACCAUUUAAGGUUAAGGUUUCACUG